UCUUUGGUGCGAUGGAUAAUGACACAGUUCUUUAUACGACUGAUGAUAACCUUCCAGAAAAAAUAACUAAUAAGCUUACGUGUCCCGAUUAUUGGGUGAUACGAUACACGCAUUGGGGAAAUCUUGCAAGUUGGGAGAUAUCUUACUGUAAAAUUCAUCCAAAUUCAUCUAUUAUUGAAUGCUAUAAUGCUUUAAAAGAAGAUAUAUUUUCUUCCGCUGUUUAUGGAAACAAUAACAAAUUUCGAAAAUUGGAGUCUUUGCGCAUAAAAGUAAAACAGAUUGAGACAGCGGAACAGUCGUCGAGUCGUCAACGUAUAGAUCAGGGCACUGAAAAUGAUGACAACGAUCUAAUUCAAGAUAAUGAUUUUAACGAAUCAGAAUCUAUAGUACAUAGUUGUAAACAAAAAGUCAAGUGUUUUCUAUUAAAAAAUUAUUGUGAGAUGCAAUCACACCAUAUCGAUGAGGAUUCACAGCAAAUUUUCAUAAAUGCUGGGUGGGAAAAUAACCCAAAAAUGAUUAAUAUUUCAACUUUACGAGUCGCACUCGAUCUUUUAGCGGCAGUUUUCAAAGAGCAUCCCAAUGACGAGCUUCGAUCUAUUGCCACGAUAUUGCAACUACUUAGACGUCAUGGCAAGAUUUGUACAAGUGAUUACGAUAUGACUGCAAUUCUUUAUUUUUUAUUCUCAAAUCAUCCAAGAGAUUACUAUGACAUAGAUGUUUUAACUGCGUCUUCAGCAAUAACAGAAGUAAUUUCAUAUACAGACACACCAGUUCGUGGUACUGGAAGUAACCCUUCCGAGAACCACGUAAUAGCUGAAUUGUGGUUAAGGAUUUUCUCUACGGCUUUUAAGCUACAUAAAUUGAGGUUUCUUCCUGUUUUGGAGCUCCAGCACUUAGUUUCAGAGUUCGAACGAAACGAAUUUGAUUAUGACGAAAAUAAAUCAUUAUUGUUUUAUGUUUAUGGUGAUGAUGUACUCUCAUUUAAUUUUCAUGAAAGAAAUACGGAAUCAAAUGAAGAAAAUGUGUUACGUUUAGUAACAUAUCUACGAGAAACAGUUUCUGCUGACGGAAUGAGAAUAAGAACGUUAUUUAACAGACAUCCAGCACAAUUCAACUAUAACCUAAAAGUUGCACUACCUAUCUUGGCAAGUGAAGCCGUUCGUUCUAGAACAUUUGAAAUGAAGUUCACACCACCUUCAAAACGG